UGAAGGGUGGCCGUGUUCCCCGCGCGUGAGGCGGGCUAGCGGCGUCCCGAGAGACCAUGGAGCAGGAUCGGGGGGAGUUGGCAUCUACUCCUUGCCACAAGACUUCACCCUUGGAGCGGAUGGAGGAGGAAGGUGAUAAUGACGAGGAGGAGGACGAAAUGGACAUCUUUCGGGUUUAUGAGAACUUCCAAGGCUUCAACAGCAGCAUGGGCAGUGACAGCAGCUCCUGUCUGGAGGAGUCUAGUGAUGAUGAGGUGGCAAACCAGGAACCUGGAGAGCUUCCAACCUCUCCUGUACAACAGCCAUCCACAGGCUGGCCCACAGAUGACAGUGGCUCAGAGCCAGCUGUGUGCGAGAUGUGUGGGAUUGUGGGCACCAGGGAAGCUUUCUUUUCCAAGACCAAACGUUUCUGCAGUGUCUCCUGCUCUAGAAGCUACUCCUCAAACUCCAAAAAGGCCAGCAUCCUAGCUAGACUGCAGGGAAAGCCACCAACGAAGAAAGCAAAAGUCCUGCACAAAGCAGCCUGGUCAGCCAAGAUUGGGGCCUUCCUGCAUUCCCAGGGCACAGGACAUCUGGCAGAUGGGACACUGACAGGCCAGGAUGCACUCGUCCUGGGCUUUGACUGGGGGAAGUACCUGCAGGAGCAUGGCUUCAAGGCAGCUCCUGUCAGCUGCUUCAAACAUGUGCCACUCUUUGAUCAGUGGGAUGAUGUGGUGAAGGGUAUGAAGGUGGAAGUGCUGAACAGUGAUGCAGUGCUGCCCAGCCGCGUGUACUGGAUCGCGUCCGUCAUCCAGACUAUAGGGUACAAGGCCCUUCUGCGAUAUGAGGGCUUUGAGAAUGAUGCUGGCCAUGACUUCUGGUGCAAUUUGGGUACAGUGGAUCUUCACCCCAUUGGCUGGUGUGCCAUCAACAGCAAAAUUCUGGUGCCACCACAAACUAUCCAUUCCAAGUACACUGACUGGAGAAGUUACCUCAUGAAAAAACUGGUGGGAGCCAGGACCAUCCCAGUGGAUUUCCACAUGAAGAUGGCGGAGAGCAUGAAGUACCCCUUCCGGCAGGGCAUGCGAGUGGAGGUGGUGGACAAGACCCACGUGUCCCAGACGCGCAUGGCGGUGGUGGACACCGUCAUUGGCGGCAGGCUGAGGCUCCUCUACGAGGAUGGCGACAGCGAUGACGACUUCUGGUGCCACAUGUGGAGCCCCCUCAUCCAUCCUGUGGGCUGGUCACGAAGAGUGGGCCACAGCAUGAAGAAGUCAGAAGAAAAACGAAGUGACAUGGCAAACCAUCCCACCUUCCGGAAGAUCUACUGUGAUGCUGUCCCCUAUCUGUUUAAGAAGGUACGAGCUGUCUAUGCUGAAGGUGGAUGGUUUGAGGAAGGCAUGAAACUGGAGGCCAUUGACCCCUUGAAUUUGGGCAACAUUUGUGUGGCCACUGUUUGCAAGAUCCUCUUGGAUGGGUAUCUCAUGAUCAGCAUUGAUGGAGCCACGUCUGAUGAUAGCUCUGACUGGUUCUGCUAUCACGCCUCCUCACACGCGAUCUUCCCUGUCAACUUCUGCCAGAAGAACAACAUCGAUCUGACCCCUCCAAAAGGGCAAGAUGCAAAGACUUUCAGCUGGGAAAGUUACUUGGAGAAGACUAAAUCAAGACCUGCUCCAGCACGGCUCUUCAACACAGACUGCCCAAACCAUGGCUUCAAGGCAGGCAUGAAGGUGGAAGCGGUGGACCUGAUGGAGCCCCGGCUGAUCUGCGUGGCCACGGUGAAGCGCGUAGUCCACCGUCUCCUCAGCAUCCAUUUUGAUGGCUGGGACAAUGAGUAUGACCAGUGGGUGGACUGCGAGUCUCCAGACAUUUACCCUGUGGGGUGGUGUGAGCUGACAGGCUACCAGCUUCAGCCACCUGUUGCUCUAGAGCCCUCAACUCCAGUGAAGGCCAAGGAGGUGCCCAAGAAGAAGAAGAAGAAACCCUUUGGAAAGAAGAGAAAAAAGUUGCCUGCCAGAACCCGCACCGUCAAGCAGCCUGCCAAGAAGCCUCCUGCCUCCAGGACAAGACAGGAAGCAAAAGCUGCCAGCAGGUCUUUGCCAGAGCCCACACCUGAUGAGAUCAUUGUUGUGCAAGUGAAAGAAGAAAAUAUUGACCCCUUGGAGGCAGAGUUUGGAGCCACAGAGCUUCCUGUUCCUGUCAGCAGCAUAAAGCAGGAGGUCACAGAAUGAUCCUGUAGUAUCCCUCAGCUGCCCACAGCAGCCUCCACUUCACCUUGUGGCUCUCUGGGGAAGAUCCAGCAAAAGGGAGCAGAAGACUAAAAGGGCCUUCCCUUUUGGAGCAGGCCAGCCUGAAGAAUCACAACUCUGCUUUCCUAGUGUGCAGGGAAAUUUUCCCCAGACUUGUAAUUUUAAGCCCUGGGAAACAGACUCCAGAAAGGCCACAGGCACGCUGAGGAGCACGACCGGGGUGGCUGCUGGGGUUGUACGUGCCUGGCUCUGAUGGCACCUUUCUGAGCAGGAGCUCCCAGUGAGAAAAGAGGCUGCCAGAGCACAAAGGGGCAGUUUGGGUUCCUGGCUGUGGCUGGAGGUGGUGAGCUGCAGUCUGGGGAGAUGUGUGCAGGUCACAUAUGUCAACAAAUCAGCUGCCCUCAUAGGACAGAUGCUGUGUGUGGUCCCUGUCCGGGCCCUGCAACCCGCAGGAAAGUCAGGAUGUGGAAGAGUGGAAAGAGGUAAGAAAACAAUGGAUGAUCAUGCCUCUUGAGGGAGCAAAAGACCUUUCUGAGUGUCAUCAUUUCUUGCUUGAGAACUCAGAAUUGCAGAGGACAUGGUGCACAGUUUUUCAGUUUUUUAGUAGUUCUACUGUAAAUUUUGCCUACAAUCAAUACCCUAAACCCCUAUGAAUUAAACUUAGGA